CAUGAAACGUACUACGUAGAAGCAAAGCUCAUUCUGUUUAUCGUAACUCGUAAGGAUACUUAAUAUUCUAGAUACAAUGUAAGCGAAAAAGGACAAAUGAUAAGAAAGCCAAUGACUUAUUACUUAGCUGUUUAUCGAUGCCUUUAAAACACUCAUUCUUAAGGUUCACAGCAGGAUUCUCUUGUAAUAGCGCAAGUCUUAAAACAUUUUAAAUGUUUGUGUUAAUUUUAGAACGUUACUAAUUAACAAUCGUUACUUAUAUAAACGCAUAGAAAUCAACGUAGUGUCGUUAGAAACUUGGAACCAAGAUGUUGAUCGUAUUUUCAUGUUUAAUUAUUGUUUCUUGCAAAGCAUCUCCUAUUAAGCAAGGCGAGCUGUACGGAUCAGUAGAUGUUUAUGACGAUGAUUUAAAUAUAAAUCCGGAAUUGGGUGAGCACUUCGAAGGUGAUAUGUUAUUAACAGCCGAACAAAGGGAAUCUAUCACGUCAGCGGUAAAAGGACGCAACGGUCUCCUAGAUGGUGCUAAACGUUGGCCCAAUAAUACCGUUGUAUACUACAUCGAAGAAGACGACUUUGAUGAGGAUCAAAUAAAGAUGAUCGAAAUGGGAAUGGCCGAUAUAUCCAAUAAGUCGUGCAUACAAUUCAGCAAACGAAAAGCGAACGAACAUGCUUUACGAAUACAGGGUUCUGCAAGUGGCUGUUAUUCAAAUGUGGGUUAUAGACUACCAGAGGAUGAAGAAGAUGAACCAGACCAAGUUUUGAAUCUCGCCAAACGCUGUUUCAAACAUGGUACUGUAGUUCAUGAGAUGUUACAUACUCUGGGUUUUUUUCACAUGCAGAGUACGUAUGAUAGGGACGAUUUCGUGGAAAUUAUUUGGGAAAAUAUUAAAGCUGGGCAUGAGCAUAAUUUCAAAAAAUACAAUAAUGAUACAAUAACUGAUUUUGGAAUAUCAUAUGACUAUGGAAGUGUCAUGCAUUACCCAGAAAAAGCCUUUUCAAAAAAUGGAAAUAAAACGAUAAUUCCAUUAGAGGAAAAUGUUGAGUUGGGACAAAGAUUAGGCAUGUCUGAAAAAGAUGUCAUCAAAUUAAAUAAAAUGUACUGUGAAAAUAUGGAGGAAGAAUCUGUAGAGAACGAAUCGUAAAGGAAAUGUGUGUAAUAACUGUGUUAAUAAAAAAAGUGAGUGUUAAUUUUCAAAUUAGAACAAUUAGCUAUACAUAAUUGCGUCUGCUCUAGUUAUCUACACUUUUUCGUAUUAAACGUUUCGUGUUGAUCUA